UACGCAACCGUUGCUCGCCUGGUCAGAUCGAGGCGGGGCUGUUUGGGACGGUCGAGUGGUUUUAAAUUUGAAAUCUUUCUCUCGGGUCGCUGCUGCUGCCGCCGUCGCGGCGAUCAUGGCCGUUCCUUCGCUCUGCGUCUUCGUCCUGCUCGCUGCCGGCUUCAUAGUCGAAGCCAACGGCGAAUCUGGGACUGUGAUCCCGGCUGAAAGUCGUCCCUGUGUUGACUGCCAUGCGUUUGAAUUUAUGCAGAGAGCACUACAAGACUUGAAAAGGACUGCAAAUAACCUAAACACUAGGACUGAUGAUCUGCUGCUGAGAGUGGAAAAGCGGGCAUUAUGUGACUGUCUGCCUUCAAAUCUGUUAGCCUGAUGUAUUAGAGGUGGGCCGCGACACUUUGCUCAGAACAUAUUCCUGUGCCUCGUGACAUGCAAAUGAAAUAUGUCUCAAGCGUUUGAGAUGAGCUAAAUAUUCACAGUGAAAUAAUAAAUAUGUUUCAGAGACCUUUUUCAAAAAAAAGGCAAAUAAACUAUUUGAUUCCUGAAGGCACUGUUUGAAAUUCUCUUCCUAUUCCUGUCUUCAGAUGUCUUCUGAAAACCAUUUUCCUUUCACUGACCUUUCUAUUUCUCCCUUUCCCUUCAAUUAAUAUUUUCAAAGCUAUCCAACCUACCUGUCCUGUUGUCAAAUAUUUUGCAUCUUUUUUUUUUCUGUGAGGAAUAGGUGUAAUGUGACUGCAUGUAAAUUUUAAUAUGCUAGUUGGCAUAAUUUGUUUGCACUUUUAUUUAUCCUGCACUUAACUAGAAAGCAUGAAAUGUGAUGUAAUAAGACAGCUUAAUAUUGUAUUGUGUGUUUAUCCCUGUACUAUUAGCUUUCACAGGGAUAGGGCAGGAAAGGAGAGUUGAGAAACAAGUUUAACCAUGAUUCAGUUGAAUGAUGUGCAAAUUGAAGGGGCCAUUGGUCUACCCUGCUUCUAUUUCUUGUGUCCUUAUAGGAUUCCAUUAUGUUCAAUUAUUGGUGAGUAGAAUGUACUUUACUAUGUCUUGUAAGAUUUAAAUAUUUAGUGGGGGAAAAUGUGGUUUUGUGUCAAGUUAACAAGUAAUUUUCUAUGCUAAUAUAUGUUUGAUCCUAAAAGUGUAACUUAUUUCAUAAUGGGAAUAUACAUAGUACUGUUACAAAUAUAGCAUGCUACAUUGAAGUAAAAUUCUACUCUAUGAAACACUU